CGAACGCUUGUGCUCUUUCUUUGUAAAUUUUAUUAUUAUCAGACUAAUUAAGUCCCAGUGAAAAAAACAUCUGAAAUUCAACUCUUGCAUCCAAAAUGAGUUUCUACAGGAAGUAAAAAUAAAUAAAAAAUGGUAUAAGCAAGUUAAUGCAAAGGACAACAGAAAAUUAAUAACUAUAAUUGUGGGUGCACUAAAAGAUUUUACGCCUCAAUAAAAAGUAAUAGGCAAUGGAAUGUAAUCAUCAUGGAAAAUUUAUAAAGUGAUAGAAAAGUGUAGCAAAUAAACAAUAUAUCGGGUUCUUACAAACAUCUACCAGUUUUCAGUUUCUUUUUUAUCACCGAUAACCUGCUUGAUGGAUUUAAAUUAAAUUAAACAGACAGAGUGUACUAGACAUUGGACUUGCUUCUCAUUGCAAAUAAAUUGGAAGUAAAAUCUUAACUAGGUGUGUCUAUGCAUGUUCGAAUAAACAAAAAACCAAUUUAAUUUUGCAAGCGCGCCAGGACUUUAAGGAGAGCAAAUAAGUGUUAGUGUAGUUAUUUGUGACUACGAAGCAAUUGAGAGCAGUCACAGAGGCACCCAGCGGUCGUCUCAACAUCGCCGCUAACGUUAUCAUGCCGGGGCCGUGUCAACGCCUUCGCUUACCCUCUUUGGCGGCGGUGAUGCGUACAACACGCGCUUCUACCACCGACUACACCACCAUUGCGAUACGCAAGGAGCAGCGCCGUGUCGUCAUGAUGGGAGCUGCACGUGUCGGCAAGACUUGCAUUAUUUCGCAAUUUCUCUAUGAUAAAUUUGAAGCCCGCUACAAACAAACAGUGGAGGAGUUGCAUCGUGGGGAAUAUGAGCUGCCAGAUGGCUCGGCGUUAACGUUAGACAUUUUAGAUACAUCCGGUUCGUAUGAAUUCCCCGCAAUGCGUACUUUGUCGAUAUCAACAGCGGGCGCCUUCAUCUUGGUGUAUGCGGUAGAUGAUAAGCAAUCAUGGUUUGAGGUGGAAAGACUAAGGAAACAGAUAACAGCAAAACGUGGCCUCAAGGUGCCCAUUGUCAUCGUUGGUAAUAAGGUGGACAUAAACGAAGCCGAUCGGCAGGUGGAGCAUGAGGUCACUGAAAUGAUUGUAUGUGAGGAUUGGAAAUGCGGUUACAUCGAAUGUUCGGCUAAAGAGAAUGUAGGCAUUGUGGAGAUUUUCAAAGAGUUGUUGGUACAAGCGAAUAUUCGGUACAACCUAAGUCCUGCCGUGAGGCGACGAAGGCAAUCACUACCUUCCUAUAGCAGCGCAGCAGCCGGAAUAACACGCACCACAAAGAGCCCAUCACAUAAAUAUACAUUAAAGCGUCACUCAUGCACCAUGACAUGAAGGGUAUAAACGAAGGUAGUGGAGACAAUGUAGAUGAGAACUCAAUAAUUGGAUAAAUAAGGAGCUGCUUUGCUUUUUUGGAUAUUGGUAAUGGAUAGUACAAAACAGAUGUCAAACCUUUUGUAGUUUAAAAGGAAUUUGCCAAGAGUGAAUGCCAUUUUAUGUGGGUGAACUUAGGCUUAUGGAAAUACUUGUAUUACACUUACAUGUAUACAUAAGUCAGUGAACAUAUGUGUUCUAAUAUCGGAUUUAAAAACUGUGAGGUUAUAGUGUCAAAAUCAUUUUUCAACCAUCAGUUCUUUUAGAGCUAACGAGGAUAUUCGUUUAGACAUUAAAGCCAUUAUUCCGAAUACAUGGUUAUCCAAAAAACAUGUUCGCAUAGCUUUGGACUUCCCAACUGACAUAAAACAAUAAGAAAACGCCAAAGUUCGAGAAAAAUGCAGUGAUAGAAGUAUUUUUGAAAGAAGUGAUAUUCGUUUUUUAUGCCAUAUAUGUACAUAUAUGUAGGUAUGUAACUACAUAUAUGUAUGUAUAUAAAUAAAUUAUAUUCGCUUAUGUGUAUAUGUUUUAAACGGUAUAGUAGCUUACACGGGUGUAAAAUUUAAUAAAUAUUUGUAGAAUUAAAGUUUUCAAAAUCCAAAAUAUAUUUAUUAAAAUACUUUUUGCAAAGAAUUAUAUCAACUAUAGACUAAUCAAAUCUAGUUUUGUAGGUAUCAAAGUCAUAUAUUUAUACCAUUGUCAGUAGAAGUUCACUAUUUAACGAAUUAUUACAAUAAGGUUAACAUAUAUACAAACGUACGUCCGUCUAAACAAUAUAAUUCAAAUGUCUAAAGUGAAUAUGAAAUUUUCCGUACCUACUAAUUUGAAGGAAACCUGAGACAAGAUUAUUAAGUAUCACUGAACUUGAUGUCAAAUAUACUGCAAACUUCUUACUAAAUGUGAAACAAGAACGUACAAGUAUAUAGUAUUAAGUCAAAACGUAUUUGUAUUUACAAUGCGUUUUGCCAAACUACGAAGAUUACUGAAAAAGCAGAAGUAAAGAGCAACAAUGAUGUUUUUUUGAGUUGAAAAUAAUAUAUAAUAAAUGUUACAACACAUAUAAACACGUUAAGAUGCGUCAGAAUGCAACAUAGGUGGUAAACGAGUAAAAUACAAUCUUCAAACAUUUAUAAAACAAAUUGAGAAACAAUAAAAUGGAAGAAAAAAUAAC